AUGAACUCAUAGCGAAUAAAGAGUAAAGAUAGAAAUCCACAAGUUGAAGGAGAUUUUUACCCUAAAUCUAAAAGGGAAGCAUUUUCUAAGGAUUUGAGAUAGGUUCAUUUCACACUUGGAUACGACAAUAAUAAGUACUUAAUUGAGAAAUCUCUAUCUUAAGAGCAUUUCAAUCUUCGGAAGGAUCAGAGUGAUGCGUUUAUUAAAGAUUAAAAAGUUGAGACUCAGUUUCUAAAGAAGGAUGUGGAAAAGAAACUGUUUUUUAACAACUUUACUAUUCAAGAUUCAGUUACAUCUCCAAAGACUUAGAAUUCAAUUACAUAGCAAUUCUUUACCCCUAAGACCAAUAGUAAAGAUGACUAGCCAUUAAAUUUAGAAUAAAAGAGAUAGAGAAAAAAUAAAUUGCAAAUAGCUCAUUUCUAACUUGGCAGUGUCACUUCAAGAGAAGUCAUGAUUAGAAAUAGCACUCCAUAAGUUAAGUCAAUGUCUAACUAGGCUUAACUUAAUCCUUUUCAUGAUUAACAUCAUAAGACUAAGACUAAGAUGAUUAAGCAUAAUUUCGUAUUAGGUAUUCAUGAUUAAGAUGAUACAUAUAGAACAAGUAAUGCUCUUGUUACAAGACAUAAAAUACCCACUUAAUACUACAUAAACAAUUUAGAGUCAGCUAAAGUAGAUGCUUAAAAGAUGAAAGUUACAAGUUAUAAAAUAGGUUUAGGCACUUUUAGUGAUAAUAAAUAAGAGGGUGGAACUGUGUCGCCCCUCUAGAAAGAUAAUUUUCAUUUUAAAAAUUAAACAUAAUCAAUCACACAAAGGGAUGGCUAGAAUAAGUUACUUGAUCUUAGGAAAAGCUUUUUAAACAUGGGAAAUUUCUAAACAGUAUAGUAAAGCGUUAACAAAGAAACAUUUUCUAAUUCUUAAGCAGAUGUAGCUUAGUACAGUUCAAAUUAUUAGUUCUAGAAAGACGUUGGUUACACUAACUACUUGAAGAGAUCAAGUGUGGAACUCAAAACUGAGAGAUCACCCUAAACAUUAACUGAAACAUCUUACAAGCAGCACACUUAAAAUGCAAACAAAAACGAGCUCAUUGCAUCAAGUGGGAAGAAGAUAUAUAGUAAUUUUUCAAGCAUAUUCAUGAAAAACCCUGCCUACCAGAGUCCAGAAAAGACUAGUGAGAAGCUUUAAGAUCAAUAGCGCAAGCUUAUUCCAGUCGCAACUUUGCACAAUUUUAAAUUUAGUCAUGCUAAAAAAUUAGACCUAGAACAGACAUCCCCUUAGAAGAAAUAAAUAGGCAUAACAAACGACAAUAUUGGCUAAGUAUUCAAGGAAAAGAUGUAGGCAAAAGCAUUGAAAAUUUAUCUUAAGGAUAGUCACUAUUAGUUAGGUUCAAUUUAGCCUGAGCAUAAUAAAUUCUUUACUGAAAGAGGAACAAGCAAUGUAUACUUUUAAUCUAUUAUUAAUCAUUUUAUAGAAUCGACAGUUAUCAACACAGAGAAUCAUGGAUUUAAUUUAGAAAAACAAGGUAUAGGAGUAAAUGAAACAGACUAAUCUGGUACUAGGCAGUGA